CAAAACACAAGUCUGCAGCUAGUGCUUGUUUUCCCACCUUGAGUCAACCAACAAAAAGCACUUUUUUGACUUUUUCCGGCAUAAAUCUCCACCCACCCCCACCGCCGAUUCACCCUUUCAACCGCAAACCACCACCACAACCACCAACACCAAUGUCUCAUACUCACAUGAACCACACAAUCCAAUUCCAAACUUCAUAAACCACACAUAUCAUCAACAAAAUCAUGUUCGGUGGCAACAGCAACAGCAGCAGCAGCGGCGGUGGAGACAGGGUACUUAACAACAAUGAAACCCUAACUCGAUUGACACAUAUGAUGAUGACUGAACCUCCACCGCCGCCGCCGCAGCCGCCGCUGUUGCCGCUGCCAGCGGUGGCUGGCGGUGUUGGGGAUACUGAGAGGGUGCCGAUGUGGAGCCAGCAGGAGACGAGGGAUUUGAUUGCGAUUAGAGGGGGGUUAGAAGGGGAUUUUACUGUGGCGAAGAGGAAUAAGAGUUUGUGGGAGGUGGUUGCUGCCAGGAUGAAGGGGUUAGGGUAUAGGAGAACUCCGGAGCAGUGUAAAUGCAAGUGGAAGAACCUCAUCAGUCGAUAUAAGGGAAAGGAGACAUCUGAUCGCGAUAACACCCGUUCAUUCCCAUUUUUUAACGAACUACAUGCUCUAUUCACCGAAAGAGCACCAAACACACCACAGACACCCUUUGACCCUGAAGCGGGUUCCAGCCAGUCAAAGUCAAGGAAACGGGUCGCAAGAACUGAUUCUUAUCAAUCACUUGAAGAAAUCUCAGAAGAUGAAGACGAAUACAAAGACCAACAACCAAGGAAGAAACCCGAUAGGGGAAAACAGCCACAGACAUCAAAUAUUGACAAACCUGCAACUCCAAAACCGUCUAAUUCAGGAAACAAUUCGAUUCAAGAGAUUUUGCAUGAUUUCUUUCAGCAGCAGCAGAUGAUUGACAUGCAAUGGAGACAGUUGAUGGAGAAACAUGCUUAUGAAAGGCAAAUGUUUGAGCAAGAAUGGCGUCAAUCGAUGGAGAGAAUGGAAAGGGAGAGGAUGAGAACCGAACAGUCGUGGAGGGAAAAAGAAGAACAAAGAAGGAUUAGAGAAGAGGGUCGUGCUGAGAGAAGAGACGCGCUUUUGACGUUACUACUCAACAAACUCGUGGAGGAUCAAUGAUUUUGAUCUUACAGGUGUUGUUCUUCAUAGGAAGAUAUUGUACAUAUGCAAGUAAAAGAUAUACAUGAGAAACUUAAGAUUAGAAAACUUAUGCUUACCUGAGAUAGUGACUUGUCUAUGCUAACUGUCUUUGUUAUGUUUAAUGAUAUAUAUUUCAUAGUU